AUGUCCGUGUACCGCUCCUCAACGGGCAACCUCGACCGUUUCGAAGAGCCGCCCCGUGGCGGCGGUGAGCGAUGGGACCGCGAAAAGUUUGAGCGCAUGAGAAGAGGAGGAGGCGGCGGCGGCGGUGGAAGCGUCGCUAGCGGCAGUGCCCGUGGUCGCGAUGAGUACGACCAUUACCGCUUCCAAGAGCAUGAUCGCUUUCCCGGCGGCCAUCGCGAUAUUGACUUCCAUGAAGACCGCGCACGCAGAGGCCCUGCCGUCAUGGAGAGAGAACGUUUCCACGAAGAUGAGCGCUUCGACCGCCCCCGUCGCCGCGCCCCCUCCGAGUUGUUCCAUGAGCCUACCCCGUCCGAAGUUGCCAACCAGGCGCUUGCUCCGUACCGCCGCAGGUCCGUCAUCGACAAAGACAUCAACAUCGAUAUUGACAUCAACGAGCGUCGGGGGCCGCUCCCACGUCCGCCUCGCCCGGCACGGCCGCAGUAUAUCCGACGACAGUCAUCUCUCGACACUUUUGACCGUAAGCCCAUGCCACGGUACGGCGAUGUAGAGAGAUACGAGAGGUACGAAGACCACGAGUACCGACCACCAGCCAAUGUUCCCAUCCCGCUUCCAAUUCGCGAGCGUCGACGAUCACCCCCUCGUCGUUUCCACGAGGAAGAUGACUUUGAGGAAAUUCGAUACGACGACCGCAGCGCAAGAGGCCGGGAGCGAGAAGACUACCGCGAGGUCGAAGUUCACCGUGAGAAGAGCAGGGUCCGGAGGAGCAAGAGUGUAGCAGCCAAAUCGACACGCAGCUCUUCCAUCUCCAGCUUUGAAGAAAUCCAGCCUUCCCGUGCGACCUGGGGCAAGAAGGGCAAGACGAGGCUUCCCAAGCGCUUGGUCAAGAAGCAAGCUGUUAUCGACUUGGGCUACCCAUUCGAAGAAGAGGACGACUUCAUCAUUGUUACCCGAGCACUCGAAAAGGAGCAUAUCGAUGAGGUGAUCAAGAUCAGCGAAAGCUACAAAGAGGAGAAAAUCACCUACGUAUAUGAGGAGAAGGCCGAUGAAGCCCCACCGCCGCCAGCUUCGGUAGCUCCACCAGCUUCAGUCGCCCCUCCGCCUCCACCCCCUGAAGAAUACUACCCUCCUCCACCGCCAUCUGUAGUACACGCACCACCCCCACCUCCACAAGUGGUAUACGCUCAGCCACCUCCACCUCAGGUUGUUUAUGCCCAACCUCCACCAUCUCACCACGCGCCAACUGUCUACGCGCCAUCAGAGCGUGCACCUUCCCCAUCCAUCCACGAACAUGAGCGCUACGUCGAAAUCGACCGCUCAGCCGCCAUCCACGGACCAGCGACUUCUUUCCUCCCAGAAGGCCGCCAGCUCGUCCGCCGAGACGAUCGCCGUUCUGAGCGCGAAAUCCGCGACGAGAUCCGUUUCCUGGAGGAGGAACGUCGCAUGCUCAAGUACGAGCGCGAAGGCGACCGCGAGUAUGAAUUCGUCGAGCGUACCCCCCGCAAGGAGGUUAUGCGCGUUGACAGAGAUCGAAAGGGUAGGUUAGCCCUUGUUCGCUCGGCCCAUUAG